AUGGAUAAUUAUAAUACAACAUUGGAAUUUUGCGUCAAUAACAUUUCUAAUGGUCAUAUUUUUCAUUUUAUUGCUUUAUUGAUUAAAACGAAUCGAAACGAUCCUAACACAUUAUAUCUUAUUGCUACCAUGAUAUGUGAUUUAAUCUUUGUCAUAGAUUUUCUCUGGCUAUACGGCGCACAAAUGUCGUUUAUUAAAUAUGAUCCUCGAGAGAUAUUUUCAUGUGGAAUUUAUUAUAGUAUAUUCAUUGGCUCAACGACAUUGUUGACUCUUUAUGUAACAUUAUGGUAG